CGAGUGAAAAAUAGAACGUGACUCAGUCAUUGAAGAUCCAGUAUUGUGCAUCCUGGUGGUACAUCGGGGUAAUUGAAAAAAGACUUUUGUGAUAUGAUAUUGUGAUCAGUAGUUUCAUGUUUUCUGUAGUACUAGUAGGCCUAAAAAGUUGAAGAAAAUGAGUCAGCAUUUGAAAUUAUCAGAGAACCCACGCCGUCUGCUGAUGGAGGUUAUUUUAAGACUCAUCUUGAUUGCAUUAUUUCUAUGGACUGAUGAUAUGGAGCCAUUUCAUCGAAAACUACAACCAGAGGAAUUAUGGUUAUAUCGAUUUCCUAAAAGUCACAAUUAUUAUCCUACUAAAUACUUAUGGAUGACAGUUGUUGGAAUGUCGGUGGUAGUUAUUGGUGGAUUUUAUUUUUUAAGAAAAGAUUUAGAAGAUUUUAUUCAUGCAGCAUUAGGUGCCAUGUUGGCAUUUGGGUUGUGUGGUGUUGUAACAAAUUGUAUUAAAUUAGCUGUAGGCAGACCUCGCCCAGAUUUUCUACAGAGAUGUUUCCCACAUAAAGAAAUGAAGAAAUUAAGUAAUCUGUUUAUAAAUAUAUCUGAUUGUACCGGGAAAAAAAACGUUAUUAAUGGAGGUUUAAAAAGUUUUCCGAGUGGUCAUUCUUCACAUUCAAUGUCAAAUUUAGGUUAUUUGGGUUUUUAUAUUGCUGGAAAACUUCGAGUUUUUAGUACCAAAGGCCAAGGUUCAGCAUGGCACAUGUUGGCUGUUGUGGCCCUUUUUUUAUGGCCAACAAUGAUUGCAAUAUCUAGGACUGCCGAUUAUCAUCAUCACUGGCAAGAUGUAUCAGUUGGUCUGAUUCUAGGAUUUGUUGUGGCAUAUUUCACAUAUUUCCAGUUUUACCCUCCAUUAAGCCACAUUAAUUCUCAUCAACCAUAUUCUAAUCAUCGCGAUAAACAUCACGAUAAACAUCACGAUAUUGAAAUAGGUUCACACCGAUUACCAUUAAAAAUUGUGUGAAGGGUACAAUUUUAAAUGUAAAAGAAUAUUGAAAUCAAAUAUUGAAACUGCCAAGAGCACAUAGAGAGUAGACCAGCACAAGAUGUAUCAUCUUGGUUUAAUGCAAUGUCUAACAAUGUCAGGGUUUUGUCUAUGUUUCUCAUAGUUUGUGAUGAUUUCUGAGAUGCAGUCCUCUAGAUUCUUCACAUCUCUAGUGGCAGAAAUAUUUAAUAUUUUAAUGUACAGAAGGAGCUAAAGAUAAAAAUAAUGUAUUGAAUUGCAUUUUUCUGGUGUAUCAUUUCGAUUAGUGAUGGGGUAUUUACUAUGUUGUGUUUUUAUUUGGUUUGUGUUGAUCUUUAAAAAUGAUUUAUUUUAAUAACCAGUAAUUUUAUCAUUGAGAUAUUUUGUUUUGAGAUAUUUUGUUAACAUUUACUUGAUGAAGACAGUGCUAUUUAAAUGUUUUGUAAUAAUAAUGAUAAUAAUAAUAAUUAAGUAUUUUGUAAAUAUAGAAUCUGAGAUUUAGUUUCCCAAACUAAAAUCUUCUUUAAAGGAAAACUCCAGCCAUUAUUCAUUAUCUAUCUAAUAUUAAGAUAGCUUCUAAAAUGCACAAACCAAAAUACAGAUUAGGUUUUCUGGCUUUGACAUCCUGAGGCUAAUUGUCAGUCACUAUUUAUCAAUAAUACAAUUGCUUGUGCUAUUGUAUAGUUCAAAACAAUAAGAAAGUAGUCGAAUAGCUCAUGCAGUCCUUUGGUUAUAGUUACCCUAAUAAUAACAACACAACAGGCAUCUUAAUUUGCUGUUUGAAAGCCGAAAAGCAUUUGUAUUUUGGGGUGUGCAUUUUUGAAACUGUUUUAAUAUUAGAUAAUAAAUACAAAAAUAUAAACAAAUGGUAAGGGUUUCUGUUGUCCUUUAAUAUACUGCCUUUCAUUUACAUGUCUCAAAUAAUUUCCUGUAUUGCCUGCUUUCUUAACAAUGUAGUAUCUAUCUUACAAUUGAAAACCAAUUUAUAACCAACUUUUUUUAGACUGCAAUUUAAAAUUGGUAUGUUAAUGGGGUUUAUUCCAACGAAGGCGCAGUUAUUGACCGUAAAGGAUUAAACUAGGUCGUUUUCGACGACUUCGUGGGAAUCCAGCACCUAGGAAUUAAAAUGGAUUAAAAUCGUAACAAUGGUGUUAUAGAUCGUUAUGAUAAGAAUUUACACUUUCAUAAUCCCCAGUGUAACUAAUUAACCAACAUUUUAGCAUCAUUUUUGGCAUAAGAAAUGAAAACAUAACUACACUAUAACAAAAAUUUCGCCAGAUAAGAAACCUUGUCUAAAUACUCGACUAAAGUCAAUUCCUCUUCCUCAUGUCUUCCUUUUAAUUCCUUGAGCUGGCUUUGGAUUUGAGCAUAUUUAUAUCUCUUCCUUGGUGGUUAAUAUUUUGUUCUUGUUGUAAAAAUGUGAUCAUUUCAAAACCAUUCGGAUGGGCUUUUCCAACGAGCUUCUCGAUUCUUGCAUGCCAUCUUUCCAGAGUGUUGUUGGUUCAGAGUGAACAUAAAUUCAUAAAAUCUUUAACACCGUUAAUUGGGUCCUAAAAGCAACAUGCCUCUCUUCAAACGAAAGCCGACAAGUCGAUAUUUGCGCUUUCACGGGAAGGAUUAAUUUUGGUCACGCUCUGUAACUGCGCCUUCGUGAGAAUACACAAUGUUAAUGGGGCAUUAUUAAGAUUAGAUAAAGAAAAACUGGAAGUUCUUGCUAUAAUAGUUAAAAAAAAUUGAUAAUGAAAAGGGAAUGUGUUGAAAAUUUCAGUCAAAUUACUUCGAUACAAUUACAGUGUAGCCUUGAUUGCCAUUGCUACCAAUGUUUUGAUAAUAAAGUCUUGGUUAUCCAUUUUUAUGUUAAAUCAUCAUCCGCAAAUCGUAUUUAAAUUUUUUAGCUCUUGAAUAAUGCCUGUUUAACUAAAUAAAAUGUGCUAGAAAGUUCUCAUUUCAAAAAGUGCCACGGAGUUUGCAAGCAGAAAAUAUGUGGUAAUGCAAUGUGAAAAUGUACUCUUUUGUUAUAUAUUUUGUUUUAAUAAAGUAUCAUCAUGAUUAAAGUACCUGUAUCAAACCAAGUACAAUGUACAUGUAUGAUGUUUUAAAUAUUACCAGAUUAAUUGUUUGUUUAGUAUUGAAGGCUCACUGAUAUUGUGAAAUUGAUAUCUGAGUAGUGGUAAUCAAUGAUUUAUAAUCUGACAGUAGCUGUACUGUAUGUUAUGUGCCUUUGUAUCUGUACAUGAUGGAGGUCAUUGAUAUAAAACCUGACUGUAAGAAAAGCUUAUUUAUUAAAUUUAUCUCAGACUCUGAACCUAAAAUCCCACAAAAAUUCUUCUCCACUCAAAUCCAAAAGAAAACAAUCAUUUUGUAUGUGAAAUGUAUAUAUGGUAGUUUCGACUUAAAUAUGUUUUUAAGUCACUGGAUAGAUAGCUUUUAUGUACAUAUAUUUAAUCAACUUUAUCUAGAUUACAAAUUUAGUCUUAUUUCUUUUUAACGGAAGUACAGCAAGAAAUAGGACAAUGUUUUGAUCGAUUAUGUUUCUAAUUUAACUUACCUUGGUGAAAUUACUACUUUGUCACUUUGUAAAGUGCUCCUGAACAUGUUAUAUGAAAAGGUGCACUAUAAAUAUGCUGUAAUAAUAAUAUUGAUAUACAAUUGUUGAAAUGUAUUUAUGACAUUGUGUGGUCAAUGUAUGGAAAUAUAAUAAAUAUUAUAUUUUUAUA